UGUGUGUCAUCAUGUUGCGCCAAUAACUGUUAAGGAGACAGGACCCCGUUCACGUCGUAUCAGAUAUACCUUUGUAUAGCCCAUUCUCUGGUAGUAUGGAUAGAAACUAACUCAUUUUGGUGUUAAGCGAAGCGAAAAACGUAUACAUUGAAUUCAGCUCAAAAUGUCUACUGCUUGUCUGAGGUGGGUACUGAACCAUGCACCUAGAGGGGUCUGUGCCAGAGCUCUUAGCUUCGGGGGGACAGCCUCUGGGUCUGUGCUUCUUUCACAUAAAGGGAGACAUGUGAGUGCACCGUUGUCUUGGGGAUGGUCUCCACUGUCCACCACAGUGGUUGAAACUGGAGAGGGGCAGGUGCCUAAGAAGAAUAAGAAGCAUUUUCAAGAUGCCCGUGGCACCAUUGGCAGUAUUGGCCGGAAGAUCCACCAGCGCCACCUGCAGGUGAUUAGUGAAACUGGUGAGAACAUGGGCACCAUGCAUAGAGCCGAUGUCCUUAGACUGAUGGACGAAAUGGAUCUUAAAUUAGUCCCUCUCAACGAAAACAAAGACCCUCCUGUCUACCAACUGAUGACUGGCAAACAGAUCCAUGAGGAGCAGCUCCGACUGCGUGAGAAAAAGAAGGCCAAGACAGGUCCUGUGCAAGUGAAGGAGCUCACUAUGUCUUCUGACAUAGGUAACCAUGAUCUUCUGACCAAACUGAAGCAGAUCCAGACCUGGCUGGACAAGAAGCACCAUGUCAGAGUCACUCUAAGGACAGGACGUGUGGAACAUACACAGGCCCUGGACACAAGCCUGGAGCAGAUGGUUUUACAGGUCAAGAUACCAGUGGGAUUUGUUUCCAAACCCAAAGUCAUUCAGGACGGUAGAGCUGCCAUGUGCAUCCUACGUCCGCCCUCGGAAAAGGAGAUCAAAGAAAUGAACAAAGGAGUGGCAGUGCCGGCCACAAAUACCAGCUCGCAUCCAGCAAACACUGAUGACCCAUCUAAUGCCUCCAACAUAGGUCGUACACCAGACUCACAGCACUGAACUCGGGAAAUAAAUACAUGUAAAUCAAC